AUGGGGGGUUCAGCAGUAAUCGCAGCAGCAGGGGGGUUAUGGGGAGCAGAAACAGGAAGAAGAAGGUUCGGGGAGGCUGGGCGUUUUUCCCUUACCCCAGGGUUUGAGAGGUAUGGGAAGGCGUUUCCCUUUUCUGAGGAUUCUUCAUUUGUGGAGGCUGGGAGUGUCGUUGCUUCUGCUGCUGCCGCUGCUGCGGCGGCGGUGGCGGCUAGUGCUGGAAGCUUCCUGGAAGCAUCGGAGCCGGCGGCGCUGCCGGCCCCCCGGGAUUCGUCCAAUAGGAAGCAUUUUCUGGAAUCUGCUGACGUGUUGGAAGUGACAAGAGAGCAGGGGAGUGUUCUUGUAACGAGGGGAGGCUUAGGAGAACACAGAGUUACUGGAACUGAGGCAGAAGGGGUUGAGUUGGGGAGACAAGGAAGAAGAGGAGGGGGGAGCAGAGCAGUAGGUGUGGAGUUUGGGAGACAAGGAAACGGCCAACCCUCUGCUUUUCCAUCCCAAGCAGCUUCCUCGUAUGCUGCUUCGUCUUACGCUGCUCCCUCCCACAUGCCCCUGCCCCCUUCACCUUCAUCCGCCUUUGCUGCUUCGCCUGGCAUGGUACAGAGGGGCAGGGCAAAUGCUUCUCCUGCUGCCCCAUCCCAUGUAUCUCCCUCUUAUGCUGCCCCAUCCCAAGUUCCCCUGCCCCAUUCACCUUCACCAGCCCUUGCUGCUGCUUCGCCUGGUGUUGAACAGAGUGGCACGGGGGACAUUUCUCGGGCAGGUGCUUCUUGGGCAGAUUUUUCUCGGGCAGAUUUUUCUCGGGCAGCUUUUUCUCGGUCGGACUUUUCUCGGGCGGAUUUUUCUCGGGAAGAUGCUUCCGAACCAUGUCGGUUCGGGUUGCCUCGGCAAAUGCCCGUGUCUGGAAGCGAGGCAGCGGCAGCGGCAGGAAGGAGCGAGGUAGCAGCAGGAAGGUUCCGGUCUCCAGAGGAGUUUAUGAGGAGGCAACUCACUGCCAUGGCUGAAGCGGUGGAGAGGGGAGACAUGGUGCAGGUGCAGCAAGCGUAUCUACAGCUGAAGCCCCUUGCACGGCCCAAGGGAGUGGCUAUGGAGAGAAUAAUUCACUAUAUGGUGGAUGGGCUGUUCAAGAGGGUGCAAGGAACGGGGUACCAGCACUUCAGCACACCCGUUCGGAAAACUCCCAAGGAACUUGACGAGGCACGUGCUUGGUUCGCUACAAGCACGCCAUACCCCGCGUUUGGCAACAUGGCAAUAACGGGCAUGUUUCUCGAUGCUGUCUCCUCCGCCUCCCACGUCCACCUCAUCGACUUCGGAGAACUCCUCCCCUUCCACCUGCCCACGAUCAUGGAACUUUUAGCUGCCCGGCCGGGCGGCCCGCCGCACCUCCGCGUCACGGGGUUGGACACGACGACUUUCGUCUGCCCGGGGCGGAAGGAUUUUAAGAAUCUUCGGGCGGUGGCGGAAGUGGGGAGGAGGCUGAGGGGGUUGGCGAUGCGGCUGGGAGUGCCGUUCGAGUUUGAGUAUAUCGAUAUCAAUGAGAAUCAACUGCACCUUCUGUACCAGGUCAAGAGGAGGUGGAGUGAGACACUGGUGGUGUGUGCACAUCUCGAGCUCAUGAACUUUCCAGACGAUUCUGUUGUGGACCACGGGCCCAGAGAUUGCAUUCUCAGGUGGAUUCACGACUUAAAGCCCGCGCUCGUCACGAUUGUCGAGAUGGACCUCGAUUCCAACGCCCGCCCGUUCCUCUCCCGCUUCCAACACGUUCUCGACCACCAUUUCUCCGUCUUCUCCUCCCACGACGCUCUAAUCGGCGCCGCCGACAAACGCCUGCUUUCCAUUUUCGAGGAUCUUUAUUUCGGCCGGGCGGCGGUCGACUUAAAAGUCGCCUCAAAAGUCAACGCGCUGCGGGACGUGUCAGGAGAGGACACGUGUACUUCAUCAGUACAGGUCGACUCGAAAGUCAACUCAACAGUCAACGCAAAAGUCAACGCGCCGCGGGACGGGAUGGAGCUGGAGGAAGCAGCGCGGGAUCGGAAAGAGCGGCUGCGAGCGUUAAGGGAGGCGGCGUUGAUCGUCACAACAGACGGCGAGACAACGGCUAGCCGGUUAGCAGACGGCGACGAUGGAAAGGAGAACGAGCCUGCAGCGGAGGUUCGGUUCCGAAGCUACUUGCCUCGGGAUGACCAGCUGAUGGAGAGGAAGCUUCCUCCAGCUCAGCUCCCCAAGUUCCAGGAACCUACCGCCGCCCAGCCACUCUUCUUGGACCCCAAUGAGGACCCGGUAACUGCUAUCGCUCCUCGCAAGCCCAACUGGGACCUCCGGAGGGACGUGGCGAAGCGAUUAGCCAAGCUGGAGAGAUGCACACAGCGAUCAAUGAUCGAACUCAUGAGGGAAGAAGAGGAGAGGAGGCAGCAGCAAGAGUCGGGCAUAGAAGGGUCUUGA